AUGAUGAUGUCCAAGAAAGAGAAGGAGCGGCGUAGCAAUGAAGUACGAGACUGGUCCUCUAUUCCGAAGCUUUCUCUCUCCUUCAUCUCAUCUCAACUCGACCCCAUCUCCCACGUCUUCUUCCGUUCCACUUGCUCUGCAUGGCGCGCCUUCUCCCCACAUCCAAAACUUCCCCUCAUCAUCCUCGCCAACCACACCAUCAUAAAACGCUACACCUCCAUGACCUUCUUCAACAUCGAUUUCAACCUUCUUUUCUGUCUUCCAAACUGCUCGUUUGAGUUUAGCUCCCACUUCUGCAUCUACUCCUAUGGAUAUCAUGGCAUACUAGUAUUUCACAUCAAUCCCAUCACUGGCCACCAAAUCAAGCUCCCUAAGCACAACGCACAGUAUCGAAAAAAUAAGAAGUUUAGAGCUCUUCACUUUCAGAUAAAUCUUGCACUCUCUGCCCCACCAACCGAUCCACAAUGUGUCUUUGUGGCCAUCUCACGGUCUCACAAUCAAGUUGACGUCUGCAAGAUGAGUAGCAUUUCAUGGAAAAUAUUCUUGUCUGAUGAGUGUCAAUUUAAGGACAUUGUCUUUUACAAGGGUUAUUUCUACUUGUGUUCCAAUAAGGCACUUUAUCGUCUUGAUCUUGAAGCCAAUGGUGGUACUGGAAUGAUUGUUAAUGUCCCACUGGCAUUACCAGUACUAGACUCAAGUAAGAUUGAUAAGGUCUUUUAUGACAAGUUUCUGAUGAAGACUUAUCUGGUCAAGUUAUCUGGCUAUCUUCAUAUGGUCCUUAUGUAUUAUGACAGUGGGAAGGAUACUUCUUAUGAGUUCUUGAAGGUGAACUUUGAGAAGGAAAGGCUUGAAAUGAUGCAGCUUGGAAUAGAGGAUUUGAUGUUCUUGGGGAUUAGUUUGGGUAUUGGAACCAAUGCAAGGAGGUACAAAGGAUGCAGGAAUAAGGGUAUGUUCUUGACUAAGUUGACAUAUGACAUGGAAGAGCCUGGUGUGUUUUGUGUUGAGAAUUUAAAUAUUAAAUGUUAUCUCAAGGAGUUCCAUGGUAUUGAUCAGUGA